AUUGGAUCCUUCCAAGAUGAUGUGUAUGAAAUGCACGGAAUUCAACAUUAGGCAACGAGAGAACGCCAGCUAGGCACAGGUCAACAUCGUCAGAUCUUUUCAAUCCACUUCAGUAACGAAUUUCAUCGCAAUUUUUUAAGUUAAAAGAACGCUAAAAAAACCGCUAAGUUCGAGAUUAAUCGAUUCUGGUAUAUGCCUGUUGAUGAGUUCGAAUCUCAUUCCCACUUUUCAUUCCGUUAAAAGAAAAAUCAUGGCAAUAUCAAGCGCAUACCAGUUUUUGCUGCCAACGAAUUACGCCAGAAACGAAAGCGCGCUGUCAUUUUCACCGAGAAUUCGCCAUCUGAACAACCUUAGCAGCUGCCGCUUGGUAAAUGCGGAGAGAAAACUUCGACUGGGAAUGAGAGGCAGCAGCAUUUUGGCCAAGGAUUUUGCUGAUUAUGAAAUAGGAGAAGCUUUGCCUGAAGAUUAUGGGGAGUUUUAUCCUCGUAAGGAUCCUUCGGAGCGCAGAAGGGCGGGGAUUUUGCUGCAUCCUACCUCUUUGCCAGGUCCCUACGGAAUUGGUGAGCUCGGCCAAGAGCUUUUCAACUUCCUCGAUUGGCUUGAAACUACCGGCUGUAAAGUCUGGCAGGUCCUUCCUCUUGUACCUCCAGGACGAAAGUUUGGUGAAGAUGGCUCUCCUUAUGCUGGACAAGAUGCGAAUUGUGGGAAUACUCUUUUGAUUUCCCUUGAGGAGCUUGUGAAAGAUGAUCUGUUAUCUGAAGAGGAGCUUCCAGAACCAAAGCCCAUGGGACGCAUAGACUUCACUUCAGUUGCCAAAUUCAAGGACCCUUUACUUGCAAAGGCUGCAAAGAGGCUUGUAAAUAGCAAGGGACAACUCAAAGAUGAACUUGAACUUUUCCGAAGAGCACCUGAAGUUAUAGGCUGGCUUGAAGAUGCGGCACUUUUUGCAGCCAUUGACAAUAGUCUUGAUGCUUAUUCUUGGUCAGACUGGCCUCAACCUCUUAGGGAUCGUCAUCUUGUGGCCCUUGAGGGCAUAUAUGAAAAUGAGAGAGAGUUUAUUGACAUAUUUAUUGCUCAGCAAUUUUUGUUUCAAAGACAAUGGAAAGCAGUUCAUAGAUAUGCCCAAAAGAAGGGAAUUAGAAUUAUUGGAGACAUGCCUAUCUAUGUUGGAAGUCACAGUGCAGACGUAUGGGCUAAUAGAAGCCAAUUUCAACUGAACAAAAAUGGCCACCCAACACUUGUCAGUGGUGUUCCUCCUGAUGCAUUUAGUGAAACGGGACAGCUAUGGGGCAGUCCAUUAUACAACUGGAAAACAAUGGCAGAAGAAGGAUUCUCAUGGUGGAUAUUACGAAUGAAACGGGCCAAUGAUCUCUUUGAUGAAUUUCGAAUUGAUCACUUUCGAGGGCUUGCUGGCUACUGGGCUGUUCCUGCAGAGUCAGAGACAGCCAUGAAUGGAACAUGGAAGGUGGGUCCAAGGGAAGCGCUGUUUGAUGCUAUCUACAAAGCAGUUGGAAAGAUUGAUAUUAUUGCUGAAGAUCUGGGUGUUAUCACGGAUGAUGUUGUAUGGUUGCGGAAAGCUAUAGGUGCACCUGGAAUGGCAGUCCUCCAAUUUGCUUUUGGGAGUGAUUCAUUGAAUCCCCAUCUUCCUCACAAUCAUGAAGUUGAUCAAGUUGUGUAUACUGGAACUCAUGAUAAUGAUACGACUGUAGGGUGGUGGCAGAAAAUCCCAGAAGAUGAGAAAGAAACUGUUAGGAAAUAUUUGAAGAUAACAAAAGAUACUGACAUCUCAUGGAAUGUUAUUGAAGCUGCUCUCUCCUCAGUUGCCAGAACUACCAUCAUCCCAAUGCAAGAUGUUUUGGGGCUUGAUAAUUCGGCUCGAAUGAAUACUCCAGCAACUCAAUUUGGAAAUUGGGGCUGGCGACUAAGCAUUGAAAAUUUUGACGAACUUGAUAAGGAAGCCAAAAAACUCCAUUCGUUAAUUUAUAUGUAUAAUAGGUUGUAAUACAAAGGAAUUACUCGCUACAUUUUGACAUUCAUUAUUCCUUACAUUAAUAAAAGGCAGUGGUGGGUGUCAAGAUUGCACGUAUGUACAAUUUUUCAUUUAAUAAUCACAAUAAAUAUUACAAUAUUUGUCCAGCUGCACUUUUCAGACUUACUGCCAGGUCAUAGAACAACAUUUAUCCUCAAUAAUCUGUGGCAUUGGGCAGAUUCUGUGCAGAUAUCAAGUUUUCUGCUUGUAAGAAGCUGCAUACUUGUUUUAAUCAAUAUGAUUCUUAUAUAAUUUGUUUCCUAUUGAA